AGACUCAAAACAUACAGAGAGUUAGUUAGAUGUUAUCGAUCAAAAAUUGGAAAAAAAUAAUCUUUUAACUCUAGAUUCUAUCGAUUCAGUUCAGUUCAUCUCACUAAAUCCACUUUCAGACAUGAAAAUUUACUCAUUUAAAUUCUUCUUCUUAUACAUUCUCAUCAUGUCAUCAACAUCUUUAAUUAGGUUCUUUUUCCCUUCUUUUUUCUCAUCUGCUCAGCUUCAAAAUGCUCACGUUGAUACUCGAAGUUUCGGAAUUGCUAAUGAUGUGUUCUUGAAAGAUGGGCAGCAAUUUCAAAUCAUUGGUGGUGACUUGCAUUAUUUUCGUAUUCAUCCAGAGUAUUGGAAAGAUAGGCUAUUGAGAGCUAAGGCAUUGGGAUUGAAUACAAUUCAAACAUAUGUACCUUGGAAUCUCCAUGAACCAAGUCCUGGAGAAUGGGUUUUCGAGGGUAUUGCAGAUAUUGAAUCAUUUCUUAAGCUUUGUCAAGAGUUUGGGUUCCUUGUCAUGCUUCGACCUGGUCCUUACAUAUGUGGAGAAUGGGAUUUUGGAGGUUUCCCUGCUUGGUUGCUCUCUAUAGAACCACCCCUCAAACUAAGAUCGUUGGAUCCUGCUUUCCUUCAUCUGGUUGAGAAGUGGUGGGGUGUUUUGCUUCCAAAGAUAGCUCCCCUUCUUUAUAACAAUGGGGGUCCUAUUAUUAUGGUCCAGGUUGAGAAUGAGUACGGUUCAUAUGGAGAUGACAAAAACUAUCUCCAUCAACUUGUUAGUUUGGCUAGACGGCACCUUGGAGACGAAAUAAUAUUGUAUACCACAGAUGGAGGUUCAAGGGAUACUCUUGAGAAAGGAACAAUUCGUGGAGCUAGUGUUUUUUCAGCUAUUGACUUUAGUACUGGUGAUGAGCCUUGGUCAAAAUUUAAGUUGCAGAAAGAGUUCAAUGAGCCAGGAAAAUCACCACCUAUCUGCACGGAAUUUUAUACCGGUUGGCUAACCCACUGGGGUGAGAAACUUGCGGCGACAAAUGCACAAUACACAGCCAAUGCCUUGGAAACUAUUCUCUCUCGUAAUGGUUCUGCAGUACUAUAUAUGGUACAUGGUGGAACGAAUUUCGGGUUUCUCAAUGGUGCAAACACUGGUUCAGAUGAUUCUGAUUUCAAGCCUGACAUUACUUCAUAUGAUUAUGAUGCUCCAAUUAGUGAAUGGGGUGAUAGUGACAGCGCAAAGUUCAAAGCCUUGCGUAAGGUUAUAAAGAAAUACUCACCGGUGUCAGUUCCUCGAAUUCCUCCAAAUAAUAGAAAGAGAGGCUAUGGAAAAGUCAAAUUACGAAAGCGUGCAUCUUUUUUUGAUGUACAACAUACUAUUACCAAUGCUAAGGAUGUCGUUGAAGCCAAAAAUCCAGUUUUUAUGGAAUCAGUUGGUCAGAUGUUCGGAUUUUUGCUAUAUGUGUCAGAAUAUCCUGUCAAGAAAAAUAGAAGCCUUCUUUCCAUACCAAAGGUGCGUGACAGAGCUCAAGUAUAUGUUUCGUGUUCACUGGAUGAAAGAAUCAAUAAAUAUGUUGGUAAAAUUGAAAGAUGGGCGAAUGAACCGCUUGAGAUUCCUAGCAUUAGAUGUGCUUCAACCAUAAGAUUGUCCAUUCUGGUUGAAAACAUGGGACGUCUCAAUUAUGGCCCGUAUAUGUAUGACAGGAAGGGGAUAUUAUCUGAUGUCGUUCUGGAUGGUUCAGUUCUUCAUGGAUGGAGUAUGAUUCCAUUUUCUUUCCAGAACCUAUCUAAGCUUUUCAUAGAGAGUCCCAUUGUUGGAGUUGGCACUACCACAUCUGAAAAAGAACUUUCCCGCAGUAAUUUAGAAUACCAUUCUGAGCUACUCUCUGGAGGACCAAUGCUCUAUGAAGGUCAUUUCACAAUCAACUCAACAGAUGAAAUCGCAGACACGUUCAUAUCCUUCAGUGGUUGGGGUAAAGGGAUUGCAUUUGUGAACGACUUUAAUAUAGGAAGAUUUUGGCCGUUGGCUGGACCACAAUGUAGCCUCUAUGUUCCUGCUCCGCUCCUCCGUCCAGGGAAAAAUGUUGUGAUCAUAUUAGAGACUGAUGCUCCAAACCAUGAGCUUGUGGUUGACUCGAUUGAUCAACAGGACUUUACAUGUGGUCAGCGGUCAAGAUCUGGUACCAAGUAAAUAUGGCUUUGAACUGAAAGUCUGAACAAUUGUCAGUGGGAAGUUCUGUCAAAGGUGAAAGUAGAAAUGCACAUAGAACCAGCAAGUAAGCAAGCAAAUUAGGAUAAAUCUUGAACAGCAGUAAUUUCUAAGUUGACGAGUAACAGGAGAAAUUAUGAAUCAUUCUAAUGAAAAACUUUUGCUUUCAUAGUUUUGUACUAUAUUUCUAUCCUCUGGUUUUGUACAUAUUAGCAAGAUAUCUAUCCGUGGUUUCAAAUUCUGUGACUUGAUUUGA